AUGACUGAAUCUCAACAAGAUUUUGAUGAAAAUGUUAACGAAAAGAAGAAUCAAGAAAUAAAAACUGAAUCCACUAUACCAGUUAGUGAUAAAGAACACGAUAAUGUUUCUACACCUAAUAAAUUAGAUAUUAAUUUGGAAAACGAGGAAAUAACAAGUAACGUGGAUAAUCAAACAAAACCUCCCAAUGCUUUGAAUGAAUUAAUUGACAACGAACAAAAUUCUUCAAACUUUUCGGCUAUUUCUAAUGACGAUAAACAAACCAGUUCUCCAAACAUUUCGAUCAUUUCGAAUGAAGAUAGACAAUUCAACCCUUCAACAACAUUAAAUAACAGUUCUCCAGAAAUCUUGACCAGUUCAAAUGAACCAAAUAACGAUAAGCAAAACAGCUCUUCAAACACUUUGAAUGAUUCAUCUGACGAUAAACAAAAUUCUUCAGUCAUUUCGAAUGAUGAUAAUGAUAAACAAAGCAAUGAUGACAAACAAAGCAGUUCACCAAAUAUUUUUAAUGAUGAUAAACGAACCAUUUCUUCAAAUAUUUCGAAUGACGAUAAUGAUAAACAAAGCAGUUCUCCAAAUAUCUUCAAUGAAGAUAAAAAAAGCAGUUCACCAAAUAUUUCGAAUGACGAUAAUGAUAAACAAAGCAGUUCUCCAAAUAUUUUCAUUGAAGACAAACAAAGCAGUUCUUCAAAUAUUUUCAAUGAAGAUAAACAAAGCAGCUCACCAAAUAUUUUUAAUGAUGACAAACAAACCAGUUCUACAAAUAUUUCAAAUGAUGUAAAACAAAUCUCUCAACCCAUUUCACCCAUUUCGAACGACGACAAAAAAACCAAUUCUCCAACCAUUUCACCCAUUUCGAUUGACGAUAAAAAAACCAACUCUCAAACUAUUUCACCCAUUUCGAAUGACGAUAAAAAUAAUUCUCCAACCGCUUCAUCCAUUUCAAAUGACAAUGAAAAAAUCAAUUCUCCAACCGCUUCACCCAUUUCGAAUAAAUUAUAUGAUAAUAAGCAAAAUCAAACCACUUCGAAUGAAUAUUUAAAUGAUAGCUUGGAAGAAUCCAUUCAGCCCUCAGACACUAAUAAAGAUUCUUCUAACAGCGAAGAUGAUAUUAGUUCGAAUGCAAUCAUGAGUGAAUCAGAAAUCCAAGAUGAGGAAUAUGAAAUGGUUAAGCCCGCUGAUUCUAUUGAAGAUCUUUCUAAGCAUGAAACCAACGAUGUUAACGAUGUUGAAUAUAGUUUUAUAAAAGAACAUGAUAAUUUCUCAGAGUCUAUUAUAGAAGAUCCAUCUAAACAUAAGCCUAACGAUGAUGAUAUUAAUAUGAAUAAUGAAAAUAAAUCUUCAGUUAAGAAGUUUAAUAAUAAUGAAAUUGUUGAAAGCCCUUCCGAUGAUGAAUAUUAUGAUGAUGAUGAUGAUGAUUCGCAUAAUGAAUCCGAAUAUACCGAGAGGAAGGAAGAUCAUAAAACGAUAGAAGAAGAAAUUCAGCUCCCCAUCACCGAUGUUAAUGAAUCUAAAUCAUUUAAUGUGUCUGAUUAUAAUCUGAAUGAAGUUCAAUUUGUCGAUCAACAAAUUCGCGAAAGACGACGACCCAACCAACAUCAACAAGAAUUAUCAUCACCUUCCGAAAAUAAUAUCUCAUUAAAAAAUUCCAACAGACUUAGUAAUAAGCCCUCUUCUCUUCGAAAUAUUGCUGAUAUAACCAAUAAUAUUUUUGAGGAAAUUAAUAGUGUUGAACUUCCAGACAUAAAUACAAUAUCGGACUAUACAGUAGAAUGCCGUAAAGCAGCAAUUAUGGCUGAAAGAAGUGCAUCGUUUAAGUCUUAUGGUAGCCAAAUAGCAAAAGGAUUAUUCCAGAUAGGGGAUUCAAUAUAUAAAUCACGUCAAUUAUUACAAUAUAUGUAUAGUAAAGGUUCAACAUUACGAUCAUCAUUUGAAUCAGAAAUUGAUGCGAUAUUGCAAAGACUGAAUUCAAAUCAUAUACGACAAGAUGAUGCAAAAUAUAUUCGCGAUAGAUUAGAUAAACUAACGAAAAAAAUUAAAGACGUUAGGUUAUUGGUUGAAAAAAGUCAUAAUUCUAUACUUGAUGUAAGGAAAAUUAGAAACAAGAUGGAUGAUGAUAUAACAAAUGGAUUAAAAGAUGCUGAAAAAUAUAAUAAGAAUGAAAAAUAUUCAUCUGAUAUCAGUAAAGUUAAGAAAGAACUUGAGAAUGUUGAUAAUACUUUAUCUAAAUUAUAUAUUAAUGUUGGUCAUUUAGAAAAGUUGAGAGAAAUUUUAAAUGAUCAUGAAGGUAAAUUAAUGGGUGUUUCAGAUGAACUAGAUGAACUUGAAGGCAAAACUAGAAUUCUUAAACCUGAUAUCAAACAUUUAAUACUUGCUGUUGAGAAUACAAAAGUUCGCAAUCAUAUCUUUAAUAGGCUUGCUAAUACUGAUUAA